AAGAUCUACGAGACGAUAUUUCUAACGUCAAAGUGACAUUGGUUGACAAUUGUGCGACGUACAAACGAUAUCUAAAUGAGAACUUAUAUAAACCAGAACUUAUCGUUAUCGUAUCUCAUUCUUCGAAUCGGGCCGUUAAGCUGAAAUUCAUACGAUUUAAUAAUUAAUGCGAUAAGUUUACAAAAAGAGGCGUGGUAAUCAACCCUAUCACAAGGAACAACUUUAAAACACCUACUUACUGUCAACACUUUCAAAGUAAUUAAUAUUGGAGUAGUUUUGUGGGUAUAUAAGUGAGAUCGAGGGACUACAAUUAUUUAUUACAAGCAUAGUCCGAAUAUAAUAAUCAUGAACACUAACGCAGAAGCGAGACGCGAAAUAGGGGCAACCUUAACCCUGUGCACGUUCUCAAUGCAGUGCAUAGGGCUUUCGUUCGAGCGGCCGGACGGCACUGCCCGACUUCUCCGCCAGAAGCUGAUGUUCGUAGUGUCGGUUUGCACCAUUGUCUAUCACGUCUUCAGUGAAAUCGUUUACAUUGGCCUCACGUUAUCUAAUUCGCCACGAGUCGAAGACGUUGUUCCGCUUUUUCAUACUUUUGGCUACGGCGCUUUAAGCAUUGCGAAGGUGUUUGCCCUGUGGUCUAAAAAGAACGUGUUCACGGAACAUUUAGACGAACUGUCAGGCAUAUGGCCCAUGGAGCCGCUGGAUGAAGACGCACGAAACAUCAAAGAGAAGAGCUUGACUGCACUACGCCUAGUGCAUCAAUGGUACUUCUCAAUAAACGUGGGGGGCGUGUUAUUCUACAACGUGACGCCAAUAUGCGUCUACAUGUACCAACUGUGGCAGGGGCAGGACGCGGUGGUUGGCUUCGUCUGGAUGUCCUGGUACCCGUUUGACAAAUAUAAGCCUAUCAACCAUGUUUUUGUUUACAUAUUUGAAGUAUUUGCUGGUCAGACUUGUGUGUGGAUAAUGAUCUGCACGGACCUGCUGUUCUCGGGGCUCGCGAGCCACAUCGCCAUGUUGCUACGGUUGCUUCACAAGCGACUGGAGACAUUGGCCGAAACUGAAAAGUCACAGGAGGAAUAUUAUCAAGAGAUUGUCGCUAAUAUUAAACUGCAUCAACGACUUAUAAGAUACUGUAACGACCUGGAAGAGGCUUUCACGAUAGUGAAUCUCAUUAACGUCGUAUUCAGUUCAUUGAAUAUAUGUUGUGUCGUAUUCGUUAUUGUGCUCCUUGAACCAUUUAUGGCUGUGAGCAAUAAGCUAUUUUUGGGAUCUGCACUCAUUCAAAUAGGAAUGCUUUGUUGGUACGCUGAUGACAUUUUCCAUUCUAACGCCGACGUGGCGCUAGCGGUGUAUAACAGUGGGUGGUACCGUACAGACCCUCGGUGUCGCCGCGCCCUCAUUUUCCUUAUUCGGAGAGCUCAAAAACCAGUGGCGUUCACUGCCAUGAAAUUCACAAACCUGUCUCUGGUCACCUAUUCAUCGAUCCUGACCAGGUCCUAUUCAUACUUCGCUUUACUAUACACCAUGUACAAUGACAGCUAAAUACAAGAAAAUAAAAUGAAGAAAUAUUAUUGAAACUUGUAUAUAUUUAUGUACCUAAAAAUGGAACCUACCAGAUUGCAGAGAGGAUAUAAAACAGAGCAUUCAUAAUAUACUUACUAUGAAAUUGAUUAUUUUUAGUUCAAGAAUGAAUGUAAUAGUUUGGCAUGUUUCGUGGGUGUCAAACCGUAAUAAAAAAGCGAAGCUUCAA